CGGUUGCGAUACGAGGUCUCGCCCAAAAUGGCUGUGGAGAAACACUUGUGAAGAUGUGUCGAUGUACUCACCAAAUGUAUCUUUUGCAUGCUUCAGUAAAGCGAAGAGUCCUCUAACCAAGCUGGAGGACGGUUUCAGAAGAUGUGACACCAGCGCAUUUACAGCACGGAUGAACCAGGGGUUUUAUUCUGCCCAUGUUCAUUGUUUUAACUGUAAUGCACCACAACAGCCAAGUGACUUGCGUGAGCCACCUUAUUCCCCUGUGCUACCCACUUGAGGGGCGCAAUCCACAGUUUGAGAACCCAAACCUCUGACCUAAAGGUCCAUGCAUCGCACAUCAUGGCCACUCUGCAGAGGUGAGCGGAGGGCUGAGGAAGGAGAAGAGGAUUGUGGGCCAUCUUGGGAGAAGGACACUGAAGAUUCUUUGGGAUCUUCAGUGACAGUGUGGCAGACAUGAAAACCCAAGAACAUCGUUCCAGCCCUCUGAAAACACACAUGCAGAGUGACACACGGCCCCAGUCCCACGUGAAGGGUCUCCAGUUUCGCAGCAUCGCCCCCAAAGCCCCUGCAGUGGUUCCAUCAUCUGCAGUUCUGUCCUGCCAACCUCCCUCAGCCCUUCCAGAAGCAUCCAUGGCCGUCAGUCCCAAAUCCAUCCUGGUCCCUGCCCAGAACUAUGCCCUCAUGCAGGUGGCCGGACAAGAGGGGACCUUCUCAUUGGUGGCCUUACCUCAGACACAACAGCAACAGCCAAUCCAGAAGAACCUUAAACUGCCUAUCCCCAGAUACCAACCGGUGAGGAGCAAAAGCGCUUCAGAAAAAGCCAACAGCAAGAGUACAGCCAAGGUUUUGGCGGCCACACGGAUAGAGCAAAUUCCAGACCCACCAUCCGAGCAGCUUGUUUUGAUUGACGCAGCUACAUCAUCUGAAGUCUGCAUUGCACCCUUGAUUCCAAGUUCACAGACAGACCAACAAGUGGAACAAAAGAGUGAUGAGAGUACACUCAACAAUCUCUGCUACCCUUCCGGAGCCUCCAAAACCACUCUUGUUGCCCCUGUCAAUAAUUUAAAAACCCCAAUAGAGGGUCCGGUCUCAUCUGGCAGUGCCAUCACGGUGCUUUCUCCUACUAUCUUUAGCAAAGCUGUUCAGAUCAUUCCAUCUCCCCCCAAGGGCAAGCUGCCCAUUCUGCCCUAUGCCAAGGUGAAGAACUCCCUCCUGGCACCGACCAACCUCGCCAACACCCUAAUGUCAGAGCAGACUGUAAGUAGAGCCAAAAACAGACCGAAAAGCUAUGCCAAGACAACAGACUGCCAAGACUCCAACAACACCCAGUUGAAGAAGCCUCCAGGCAAGAAGCGAGGGAGAAAGAGGAAAACCAUAGAGGAUGUUCUAGCCUUCGAAGCCAGAAAGAGAAGGUCCUUGUCGUUUUUCCGAAGGAGGGCGCCUGAGAAACCUCUGGUUUGCAUUCAGAGUUCGGCCUCUCCGGAGACGUUGCUUGACAUAUCGAAAAAGUAUAGAAGCAUACGUCCCAAGCCAGUUCUGUUGAUGGAAACCACUCUCCCACAACUUGUACCACUUCCUUCCUUGUCAACAUCGGAGAAACCCGAUCAAGAGUUUGUGUUAGGACAGCAGAUAGCAGGAAAACCACUGGGUGCUCCUGUGCUAGAUGGCAAAAGUGGAGCAGCAGUUUACGUAGGAAGUCAUUCGCUUCAUCGCUGUCCUACCUGCAGCAGGUGUUUCCAAUUCAAGCAUCACUUGCAGAGCCACAUGAACAGUCACAGUAACCUCCGGCCUUACGUCUGCCCUGUAUGCAGGAAGGCUUACGCUCACUCGGGCAGCCUGAGCACGCAUAUGAAACUGCACCACGCGGAGAGUAGGCCUCGGAAGAGCCUUUGCUGUGAAUUCUGUGAGAAGUCAUUCGGCUACGUGGGGGUCUACUUCAGCCAUUUGAGAGAGGUGCACAGAGUCAUACUCACGGUAGAGCCGUCCAUCAGUCAACAUGAGGACAACAUGCCUUUGGAAGAAUCUUCAGAAGCCGACAAACAGGCCUUGGAACGUGUCGACCCAGUCGAGCUACAGAUCAAAUGUGGCCGCUGCCAGGCCAUUACACCUACCUUUGCCGACAUGAAGCUGCACUUGCUCUACGUGCACGGCGAGGAGGUGCGACGGAGGGACGGGUCUAUGACCGGGGGGCGCGAAGCAGAGGACGAGCUGGUCAAACAUGCAGCGCAUUACUGGAGGCAGCUUAAUGAGAAACGCAACCUGGUGCACUGUGGCACGUGCGAUGAGGAGUUUUUCUCAUUUUCCAAGUUCAAGCGCCAUCUCAACUCUCAUCAUGAAGGAGCUAAAGAGAGUCAAGAAGAGGUAGGGAAGGAGGAACACGCAUUACGAGGUUUGAGUAAAGGUGUAACUUUGAGGGUGGGGUCUCAGUUUAACUGCAUCCUUUGCAGUAAGGUGUUUAAUAAGAAACAAGAUGUUAUGGAGCAUUGGAGAGCACAACACAACUGUGAAAACCCUGAAAUUCUGUGGGAUGUACUGGACUGUAGUUGGGAGAACAUGUCUAUUGAUGGGCCAAAUUAUUAAAUGCAAAUGGAUAAUUUAUUUGCUCUGUAGCUGUGUGGUUCAUGCAAGAUGUAGUGACGUCAAUGCAAAAACAAUCCACGUAUAGAUUCGCUCAUUACGUUGGUUUCUUUUGCACUGCUUUUUUUAUAUGGUCACAGAUGUUUGUAAUGCUUGAAUUUUGUAAUGUUCGUUUUUUACGUCUCUGUUUUGAUGUGGUUUUUAAUGCAUAGCAACAGUAUACAAUACAUAAAAAUUCAUAUAUUGUAAUUGCCCAGGUGCAGAGGUAAUAUAAAUGCCAGCAAAUGGAGUACCCAUGGAUAAUAAUCAUAAUUUCUUGUAAGGUUUGGGAAGACACGCUGUGCGGGUAAAUGUUUCGGUUGAGUGAAUCAGACUAACAAAAGCAGGCUCUUUAAAAACACAUUUCCACUCAGACAAAUUCACAACUCGCAAAACAGAAAAUACAGAGCACGAUUAGCGUGUUUGAAAUAUAACAUGUCUUAGUAACUACAAAUUAUUAGUGACAUUUUAUGAACACACAUACAUAAUCGCACAAUUACAGUCGUGGAAUAAACACUUCUGGAAAAGUUUAAUUUUUCAGUCUUUGGCAGCUAAUCAAAAAUAUGAUUUAAAAAAUAUCCCAAAAAAUGUAACUCAGUUUGGCAAAAAUUUAUCUGUUAGGUUGUUAGGGUUUUUUGAAUGUGUGUAUGCAUUAUAAAUGUCUACUGUUGUAUUUUUAAAUGCAGAUUUUCUCUUUCUCUUAAAAUGUGUAAUGAUUUGAUUAUGGUUGUGUUUCCAUUCAUAAAAAAUACUAUGACGGUAAUAGAAUGUUUAAAGACCCUCCCAUUUGUUACAUAUGUAUACUUGUAUAGAUAGAUUAAAAGCUAUAUUAAAAAUAAAUAUAUGCAGCUGUAUAUGGAGAAUAUAUAUUUACACAGAAGUCAUCUUUCACUAAUUAUAGGACUGUUUUUUUAAUACGCUAAAUGUCUUAAACCUGCAGCUUCAACUACACCACUGAUCUAAAGUUUAAACACACUUCACUGAAUUUGAACUUGUCUUUCGAUAAAAUCUCAAAUAUUUUUCAAUUAAAGUCUUAUGAUUAAAUGCUUAAAUUGUUUUGUAAAUAUAUAAACUGUGCCUAUGUGUAGGUUUUUAAUUUAAUAUUUUUAUUAUUUAUAGAUUCUUUGAGAAAGCUAAAAUAUACAAUUGUUCCGAUUUAACAUUUAACAGUAAUCACAACAUAAAUUCCGUAUGUCGUAUUUGUGAUUUCUUAAUUAUAAAUUGUGGAAGAUAAUAAAGAAUAAGUAAGUGUGUCCAAACAUCUGAGUGGUAUUGUAUGUUCUAUAAACUUUCAUCUGCUUGAAAAGGUGCUUAUGAAUUCAUGAUUUGAGAAGUUUAAUGACAUUAACGUUCUUUAAAUGGCACAAAUGUUACAAUACAGAUUUUGCUUUUGGUGGAAUUUUAUGGAGCGAUUUUAGUCUCAUUAAUUAUUCACGCGUAAAACAAGAUACACACAUGCGUAAACAGUUUCACAUGAAUAAAACCUAAUUUACGUGCACAAAGUAUGAAUAUACAUUUACAAAAAGCAAUUCACGUGCAUAAAACAAAACUAUUUUCUCAUAAAGUACGUUUCUCAAACAUACGACUGUGCACAAAUAUUUCGAAUUUAAAAUGUACACGUUUAUCGUGUUAUGUGAAUGUGCAAAUCGUCACUCACGUGUGAAUCGCCUUGGAUGUGUGUGUGUUUUUUUUUAGACUCUCCUGGCAGCGCAACCCCUCCUACGUGGGUUGUCGUACUCUUUAGCCAAUCAGAUUCAACCUUACCAUUCAACCAAUCAUAAACGCGGAGAGCACAGGACUCAAGGAAAACGGCUCUGCGCACCUUUUGUGCAGUUUGACUUACUUUCUGUGUUGCCAAUUUAGUGAUUUUUCAGCCCCCUUAAGCGAGAUAUUUUCCAAAAGGCUGCUAGCUACAAAUCUAUGCGCCCAUACAAAUCAAUGUUCAUUUAAAACAUGCAUUGUAUGGACAUACAAACAUGAACACAUCUCAAACAGGCACAGUUUGUUACCCAGACGGAUUUUUAGCAGUUCAGUGGAGGUGACUGCUGGUUGUGUAGUUUUAAGUGGUCAUGUUCACUCACUAUUUCAUACUUUUUUUCUACAAAAUAAGUUAAUAAAAACAAAUUUAUUGCGUGGCUGUAUUAUGUUUUAAUACAGCAUCACAGCUCAGAGAGUAGAUUAGCGAAGCUGUACAAACGAGCCUUUAGUGCUAACACUAGUGCUCCUUGGUUGGUUGAAUGGUAAGGUUGAAUCUAAUUGGCUAAACAGGAUGACAACUCAAGUGGGAGGGACCGCGCUGCCAUGAGAGUCUCAAAAUACACACACACAAAUCCAGGGCGAUUCACACGCGAGUGACGAUUUGCACAUUCACAUUCAAUGAUAAACUUGUACAUUUUAAACGUUUGAAAUAUUUGUGCACAGUUGUACGUCUGUGAAUUGUAUUAAGCGUUUGUGAAACAUAUUUUAUGAGAAUAUAAUUUUAUUUUACGCACGUGAAUUAGGUUUUAUGCAUGUGAAACUGGCUACGCAAGUGUACAUCGGGUUUUAUGUGUGUAUAAUUAAUGAGACUAAAAUCGCUCCAUAGAAUUUCCCUUAAGUGAUUUCUCAUAAAAAUGAAGAAUUAAACAAAUUAAAUGUUUAUAAUGUGGUCUAAUAUAAAAGGGAUUAAAAGUUUUCAAUGGCCAAAACAUUUGAACCAAAUUCAGAUUUUAAGCUAUAGGCCUUAACACUCUUAUUUGUUCAGUUUGUUUAGCAUAAAAGAAAAUGUUUGCAUUUAAAGUGUCCGAAGAUAAUCUUUACCCUGCCACUGUGAUAUUUCAAUGUGUCUGUUAAGCCUCAGAUACUGUAGCAUCCCUACAUCAUUCAUUACUGGUGCCUAAAUAAAAGAAAGAUCUAAUGGAAA